AUGGCAAAAACAGGCCAGAAAGGAAAAACGGCAGAAAAGUUUACAACAGAGAUAGACAACCUACGGAAGCUUCUAGAAGCUUCGUAUAUUGAUGAAGGUCUAUCGGCCGAGCACGCUGACAAAUUCAGCACCAAGGAAGCCAUCUCCACAAUGGUUAAAAAUUGUGAGCAUGACCGACUUAAAACAAUAUUGGAAGCAAGUAAUUUUGCAACAAUGAAUGAAGCCGUCACGAAGUACAUACAAUGCAGUACUGAAAUGACAGGCAAUGCAAAUUCCAUAUUAUACGCCUAUCGAGGAAACUAUCGCGGUAAUAAUUACAAAAACAAUUAUCGCGGUAGAGGUAAUAAUCGAGGUAGAUAUAACAAUAACGGAUAUUACCAAAAUAAUGGAAAUAACCAAAAUAAUGGUUACUACGGAAACAAUAACUAUAAUAACCAUAACUACAUGAACAACAACAGCCGUGGUGGAAAUAAUCGCGGCGGACACGGCCAUGGUGGAAACCAUAAUAAUAAUGGCAAUAAUAGCCACAACCAUGGCAAUAACAACCAUAACAAUAACGUCAGGGUAGUCCAUACAGAUUCGGGAAACUCCCAGACGCCUUUAGGUACACAACAGUAA